GUUACACGGGAGGAGCAUGAAACCUCUGUAGACACCCCAGAAGAUGCCAACCACGAUCCUCAUUUCGAACCUAUUGUUUCAUUGCCUGAGCAGGAAAUUAAAACUCUAGAAGAAAAUGAAUUAGAAAAGUUUAAGAUGAGAGCAAAGCUUUUCAGAUUUGCAUCUGAAAAUGACCCACCUGAGUGGAAAGAGAGGGGCACUGGUGAUGUAAAACUCCUCAAACACAAGGAGAAGGGAACUAUCCGUCUUUUGAUGAGAAGAGAUAAGACUCUAAAAAUAUGUGCAAACCAUUACAUUACACCUGCAAUGGAGCUAAAACCCAAUGCAGGAAGUGACCGAGCCUGGGUUUGGAAUACAUAUGCAGAUUAUGCGGAUGAGUCACCGAAGCCUGAGCUGCUUGCCAUUCGAUUUUUUAAAUGCAGAAAAUGCCCAGAAGUUCAAGGCAAAGUUUGAUGAAUGCAGAAAUGAAGUCAAGGACAAACAAACAAAAGACUCGACCAAAAACGAUAGUACUGAUAAAGUUGCAGAAAAACUAGAAGAACUGUCGGUAAAAGAGGACAAGGUGAAAGACCAAGAAGAGGAGGCCAAACCAGAAAAAACGGAAGAAGAGAAGCAAUAA